AUGCUCGUCAGCUACUAUCAUGAUGACUUCAGGAAGGUGAUGGUGGAGCAUUUGGGGUCCCUGGAGGUCAUAAAAGUGAACGCCGCUGCCUUGGAGAGGGUGCUCCGCGAGUUCUUCGAGCAAAACAAAAUACCAUGGAAACAUCUUGUAAGCAUGCUUAUGGACUCAUGUUCGGUCAUGAGGGGCAGCAAGACCAACCUUGAAAAAAGGAUCCUACAGCACUGUCCAACCCUGCUUGAUAUUGAUGGAGACUCGUGUCACCACAUUCACAACGCAGCGAAGAAGUUUACAGAGCCCUUUGAAUACCAUCUUGAGCAGCUGUUCAAUGAUCUGCAGACAGACCAUCGGUGGUGUCCUGAUCAGGUGAUGUACCUCAAGGAGGUAUCUCAAAUUCUGAACAUCCCUGCCUCCAACCCUCAGAGGGGCUUUGUAUCCCAUCGUUGGCUCUCUGCAUAUGAUGCUAGCAUGGCAACCUACGCAAUGCUGCCAGCAUACAAGGUUCUCUAUUUUGGAUUUCUGUCUGCAGAAGACAAGGACCUUUACAAAGAGCCUCUGGAAAGUAUAUACACAAAGUACACCGUCAAUCCGACUGCAAGGGCCAGAAUUAGAACCCUACAUGAGGACCUCAACCGAAAAGGCAUGACACAGCAAGGGAAAGACAGGAAGAAAAGGGUCUGUCGAAAGGUGUGGCAUGAGGAGACUACAACGCUACUACAGCUCAGCGUUUACAUGGGUGUAUUGGCUAUCCUGAAGGAAUAUGUCAUGGUUUUCCAGGGUAGCCAGACGUUGGUGCACAAACUCCCUGACAAGCAGUUUGAGCUGUUCCUGGCUUUUUUGGCUUGCUUCAUAAAAGGGGAACACAUCACUCAAUUGUCUCCCAGGGCUCUGGGAGAAAUGGUGCUGGAGGAUAACAUGCUGCUGCCUGCCAUGGAGUUCUAUGUUGGACAGGAAGCAGACACAUUCAGGACCAGGAAUCCCAAUCAUGCGCUGCUAGAGCCAUUCCUGAAACAAGUCAAAACAGCCUACACCACCACUGCUGUCUACAUGCAGAAAAAACUUCCAUUGUCCAGCCAGACACUGAUUGCCCUGUCUUCUCUGGACCCACUUCUAAGAGGCCACUCACAGGCAACCAUCCAGCUGAAGAGGUUGGGUGGAAUGCUAGACCACCUUUUACCAGCCGUCAAGGACAUCCACAAAGAAAUCCUACUGUACAACAUUGAUCUUAACGUGCCCACGUUCAAGGAGGGGGAUAGCAUGGUGGAGUGGUGGGGUCAUGUCUUUGACAACAGAUCUAAGUACCCAGCCCUUAGUGCAAUGGUAAAAUGUGCCCUCUCCAUCUUUCAUGGACCCAGAGUUGAAUCAUCUUUCAGCCUAAUGAAUGAAAUCCUUGACCCCAGAAGUGGAAACAUGAAAAUAUCAACAUUCGGUGCCAUCCAAACAGUGAAAUACACACUCCAGUCCAGGGAGAAGACGGCUGUGGAGUUGUUCAAAAGGAAGGAUGUGAGGUAUGGGGAGGUGGACCGCACACUCUGUAAGAACAUCCGGUCUGCAGGAAGCACUGACAAACUCCAAAGACAGCAGAAUAUGAUAGAAAAGCAAAGGCAGCAGAUCGAGUAUGGCUGCCAAGCAUCAGGUAGUGCUUCCUUGAGCAAAAGGCAGAAGGCUGAGGAAGAAAAGAACGCAAGAAUGAGGCAUGCUGCAAAACAGCGAAAGCGGGCCCUUGAGACACUGGUCCAGGCCAAGAAGAAAAAUAAAUAAUGGCAUACUCCUAUUGCCCUGUCCUCUGUCCUCCUAUUGGGGCUGCCCUUGCACAUAAUAAAUUAAUGCUUUGUUCGAAAUUGUGCGCAGUCCUGUAAUUUUUUUUAACUUGUGACUAACCCUAAUGCAUUAAAAAAGUAAUACAAAUGUAAAAGAAAACUCCCCGGAGUAUAAACCUGGAACCCUAUAGUGGGUCUGUGUUUUUCUCAGCUCACGCAUCAUUCUCACCUUUUUCACCCCGAGCCAGUUUGCAUGCCUGCAUAGAAUAUACUCAUUAAUUUCUACCACAGUAUUCCC